AUGGAGAAGCAAACUUCAGCUGCCGAGCAUCGCAUCGAGGCGACCACGUCCGCGAUGGACGGAGAAAAGGGGGAUAGUCUUACCAAUCGCCAUGUGAAGCAAGUCAACGUGCAGUCGGUUGCUCUCGCAGAUGCUAUCGCCAAAGACAAGCCCGACUACAGGUCGGCCACACAGAUGACUCUGUAUGCUAUGAUGGCUUUGUGUGUUCUCAAUGGCGUGAUGAACGGGUAUGACGGUUCCGUCAUGAGCGCAAUCAGCAACCACAUAGAUGCCAUGGAUCCGUUCCAGGACCGUUUCAAGAUCGGCCUGACUGGUGAGCUCAACGGUGCUGUUUUCUCCAUCUAUACCGUUGGAAACAUCGUCGGCAGCUUAGCCUGCGGUUACAUCAUGGACCGAUGGGGGCGCCGAGCCUGCAUGUUUUCUGGUGCGAAUGCGAUCAUUCUCGGCUCCGUUCUUCAAGCCAGUAGCUUCAAGCUACCUCAGUUCUUCAUUGGGCGUUUCAUCGUGGGUGUUGGAACACCCAUGUGCGCCACUUCAGCACCCGUUUUCCUCGUUGAGAUCGCCUACCCAACCUGGAGAGGUCUGGCGGGCGGCCUCUACAACGUUCUAGGUUGGUAUAUCGGCGCGAACAUCGCUGCAUGGACCUGCUACGGCACCAACUUCAUUCCGAACGACUGGUCUUGGCGCAUCCCCUACAUUGUUCAACUUACACCUGCUGCUAUUGUAGUUUCAAUGGCUUGGUUUUUACCCGAGAGCCCACGGUGGCUUUGGUCUCAAGGAAAGACUGAGAGAGCCACAGAGAUUCUGAUAACGUACCACGGCAACAGAAACCCGAACUCCGCUCUUGUGAAGCUCGAGAUUGACGAAAUCCAAGAGUCUCUGGAAGCGGAACAGGAGUUGAACAACCACAACUGGAACUACAAGAUCCUCAUCAACAAUCGACCAAACAGAUAUCGCAUGUGGCUCGUCAUGCUCGUCGCUGUGUUUGCCCAGUUCAUCGGAGGAGCCGUUAUUUCGUACUACCUUCCCGCCAUGGUCAGAGGCAUUGGUAUCACCGACUCUCGUCGUCAACUGCUUCUCAAUGGUCUCAAUACCGUGACUUCGUUCAUCGGUGGCCUUUGUGGCUCUUUCUUUGUUGACAAAGUUGGUCGCCGUCCUCUGUUCCUUUGGGGUACUUUCCUUACCGGCCUCGUUUAUAUCCCGAUCAAUGUGCUCGCAGCCAGGGCGGAGAACAGCGCAGACGGAACGAUCCCCACAUCGCAGGCCUAUUCGUUUAUUGCCAUGAUCUUUCUGUACGGCAUUUUUUGGUCCUUCUGCUGGACCCCUCUGCAAGCCCUUUACCCUUCCGAAAUCCUCAACAAUGAGAUUCGUGCCAAGGGCAUGGGAGCGAAGGGGUUCAUUUCAGGAGUCGCCUCCUUUAUCAACACCUAUGGAACGUCUGUAUCCCUGAAGCAUAUCGGCUGGAAGACCUACACCAUCUUCCUAGUUCUUCACUUUGUCCAUCUGGUUCUGAUGUAUAUGGCUUGCGUGGAGACGAAGGAGCGGACCCUGGAAGAGAUCGAGGAGAUUUUCAACGAUCCUCACCCGGUGAAGAGAAGUUUGAUGAAGACUCGGGUUAUUGUGGACGACAGUGGUGUCAAGGUCAAGGAUGAGGUCUGA